UAACAUGCGCGCACGCAAGUCUCAACUGUCAAGUCAGUCGAACUACAAUAUCAAGAGUGGACACACUUAAAUAUCACGUGUAGUUUUUAAAUAUUACCAAAUUCACACUUUUUCACUAAAAAUUGUCAAAUUAAUGGGUUUUUACCUCUACUAAUAAGAAAAUUGACAUUUUCAUGCAAUUUUUUCGAUGUAUGUUUUGUGUUUUCGAAAGUUUACAUUUCUACGCUAAUUUUGCCAUAUUUUGACUAAAACUUGAAUAAAACUUCAAUAGAAUUAUCGUGUUCAUCAAUAUUAGUGAUAAAAUAGUUAUUUUUGUGUGAAAAUUCAGUGUUUUCGCGAGUUUAAAGUGCAAUGGGUGCCUUGGACUGCGUCAAUAAGAGUAAAAUAACACCGACGGUCAGUACGGAGGUAUUCACUGUUAACAUUAGCUCGCAGUCGUCGUUGAAUGAACCGAGAAAAGAUGUGGAGUCGCAACUUAUAAAUGAACAAAAUGGCCAAACAAAACACAGAUUACGUUGGUUCCUGGGUGUCGAUAUACCUCUACUAAUUAUUGUGUCUCUACUCAUUGGCCUCUUCGAGUUCGGAGUGAUACCACACUACAAGAAUGGCUUCUUCUGCAACGAUCCUGCUCUCUCUUUCCCCUUCAAAGGAGACACAGUAUCUAUGGAAGUCAUUGUGUCUACGAUAAUACUUUUCCCUUUUGCACUGAUUUUCAUCACUGAAAUAAUCCUCUUCGAUUCGUCCUACACGAUGCGAACGAAGCUGAACUAUGUCUCUCGAAAAACUGCCAUAUUGUAUAGAAACUACUUCUAUGGCAUGUUCUUCAACCUUAUGACCAUUGAAGUCAUGAAAGGCAUCACUGGUAGCCCGAGACCUACUUUCUUCGAUAUCUGCGAACCGGAUACCUUGAAGACUUGUAAUGGAUCGGAAUAUGUCAGCACGUUUGAAUGCACUUCAACGAAAUUUGCUAAAUGGUAUCAGACUGACUCGUACCAUAGCUUCCCUUCAGGACACACUUCUCUGUCUCUGUACUGUGGAUUCUUUAUGGCUUGGUAUCUCCAACAGCGGGCCUUCAACUGGCGCCACCGCACCGUCUUCCUCGUCCCCUUGGUCCAGCUGCUCUGCAUCACAUACACAGCAGUCUGUUCUUUAACACGGAUCACUGAUCACAGACAUCACUGGUGGGAUGUCCUCGUCGGAGCUGGCAUUGGUGUCGCCACUUUGUUGUUUUCGGUGCUAGUCCUCUGCGACAACUUUAAGCGAAGACCGAAGACGUUAGCAAAUAACAUCAUGACAGACAGUCAACAUACUGUUCGGACUUUAGUAUUCGACGAACCUCAGCAACCUUCACCUUCUUAGUUCCAUGGUUUAUUCUAGGCAAUUUUAUUACAGGUUUUUAAUAAGAAUCUGUUAGGUAGUCUUGACUCCUGAGUGCUUAUAGCCAGUAUUAGGCAGUAGGUACGAUAAGACACUAUUAGGUAGGUUAUUAGGUCAGGUUAGGUAGACAAUAUUAGGUAGGUUACACUUGUAAAGUUUACUCACGUAAGUAAAUUUUUCAACUUACGUAAGUUGUCAGUCUAUACUAUAAACUGCUUUGUAGCGGUUGCCACAUUCGCAAGAAGAUGU